CGCUGGCGGGCGACAAAUCGACAAAAGCGAUAGCGUUCGCUUAACACAAGUAAGAAGUUGGAACCGGCAAACGUGGUUUGUCAGCUGUUUGUGUGCGAUUUUUGAGCCAGAGCCGAUCCGCCAGAGUUUAUGUGAGAGAGCGAAUGGAAGGAUGACGCUCGAACGUAAAUUCAAAUAUAAAAGCGACGGAAUAAGUUGGAAUGGUUAAGCCUGAUACGAGUUCUGUUGACAAUGGCAACGCGUUCCGUUCUCGUCUGCUUGCAGAGACAAACUUGUAAUUCGAUUUGCUGUCACAGAAAAUGAUAUGAAGAAGAACGAGCGCGUGGCUAUUUUCUGCUUACUAUUAUAUGAUGUGAGGAAUCCCGGAUGAAUCUCUGUUAAUUAAGCGAAGAUUUGGAAUCGAAGAAGAAGAGGGAGAAGUUUAAGUCACGUCGACUUUCGUUGGACGAACAAUGCAGCAACCCGCUAACGACGGUUCCCCAUCCGAUGUCUUGCAAACCGUACCGCCCGCUGAUUUCGAGCCUCUUAGUUUGAACGUUUUUGAAGACAUUAUGGAUGAAGUAAUACUCGGACUUUGCUUUGACGUACACAGAGCUGUAAAAUUAGGAAUCUUCUUUUUGGAUGAACCUAAAGAAGAUGAGAAAAAAUACGAAAUAGUAGAUGAAAUUGGUCUUGACGUAUUUGGCCAAGUUCCUUUAAAGAAACAAAUAGAAUGCGUGUGCCCGAAUUGUCAACGUAGUUUGGCAGCUUCACGAUUUGCUCCUCAUUUAGAAAAAUGUAUGGGCAUGGGAAGAAAUAGCUCAAGAAUUGCAAGUAAAAGAAUUGCAAACAGUGGAAAAGGUGAAAGUGAUGUUGAUGAUUAUGAUAAUGAUAGUGACUGGAAUUAUAGUUCUGAUAGAAAGUCUUCCAAGAAAAAAAGAGAUAAAAAUUCUCCUAGAAGAUCAAAAUCCAAAGGAAAAAAUGGUGAUUCGUUAAGUGGCAGCAGUGCGUCCUCAGAUGGGAGUAGUGUAUUUGCUAAUUAUGAAACCAUGUCAAUUGCUGGAGCUCUUGUCUGGCGGGAAAAGGAAACACUUCAUGAUUGGUCAGCGCUUGCAGUUCUUCGUAAUAGGAUUGGCCGAGGUAGUGAUGACGAUUGCAAUGCUGCCAAUUAGCUAGAUGUGG